AUGUUAGACCGCCCUGUCGAGGAAUCCAACAUGGGUUCCAAUGUUACAUUUAACUCUCCUGCUACUACCAAUAAACCAGAUGCAAAAGCCGCUAACCGAAUUCACCGUUUCGAGCUUGUGGAAGAACUAGAAGAAUAUAUUGACACUAUUCUUGAUCAAGCAAGACAAAAAGAUUUGCUGACAAAAGAUGAUUUGGAGGACGUCGCCUUUGGGGCGGGGCCCAGAAAUCGAGUCAGAAGAUUAUUGGAUCUUAUUGACUGCCUUGGAGAAGAAAAUGCAUCAGUCUUCUGUAAUCUCUUCCUGGGUAUUAAAAACUUAAAAGAAAACUCUAAAAAAUAUAUGGUCUCGGAAAAUGAAUAUUCAACGAGUAUACAGAAGCACAGAGAUGUCCAUCUAAGGAGGAAUGACUGCCUUAAGACAUACAACUGUAGACAUGGGGAGCAAUCUGCUUUCUCUGAUUAUUUUGUGAAUCUUCUCCUUGUCAACGGACACUACAGCCUGGAAAUUAAGAAAAAUGAAUUGCUGACAUUUGGCCAACAACGUAUAGACCUCCAAAAUAAGAAGGAAAAUAAGCUAACACUGAGCCACCUAUUUGAAAAGCUUCAUGAAAGGAGAUUGCCUAAGAAAAUCCUUGUUAGUGGUGUAGCUGGCAUCGGAAAAACAGUUUUCGUUCAAAAGCUAAUUUUUGAUUUCUCUAAUAGAGUAUCAUAUCAAAAUUUUGACUAUGUGUUGAAUUUUACUUUCAGGGACCUCAAUUUAAUAAAUAAGCCAAUAACUUUGCGGGAAAUGAUACUAAAAAAACAUGGAUAUUUGUCACAGAUCUUAGAUGAUAUUUUUAAAAACAGUGAUAAGUUGCUUGUGAUCUUGGAUGGACUUGAUGAGUUUAAGUUUUCCAACCAGCUAGAAUUAGACGAAUAUGUGUUUGAUCCAGAUAAACAAGCGGAGCUACCUCAGUUAGUUGGGAGUCUGAUCAAGGGAGAACUUCUCCCCAGUGCCAGUAUUGUGCUCACGAGCAGGCCAGCAGUCAUUAACUACAUUCCUGUGGAAUGUAUUGAUCGCUUUGUGAUAAUUACUGGCUUCUCUGUUACUGAAAUUGAAGAUUACUUUCAAAAAUUUUUUGGAGAGAAGAAAUUGGGAAGUGAACAAUUUCUAGUGGUUAAGGAUAACCAUUUUCUAUUUACACUGUGUUAUAUCCCAGCUUUUUGCUGGAUUGUCUGCAGUGUUCUGAAAGGAUGUUCUAAUCUUCAUAUUGAAAGGCCAAAGACAAUGACAGAUAUCUACUGUCACUACCUUAUAGUUUUACUAAAAUACCAUACGCAUCAAGUCUCUUUAACAAAAGAUGGAUUGGCAUUGAAAGGAAUUCUUGGUUUGGGACAAAUUGCAUACAAUUCCCUUUUAAAGCAUGAAACUUUGUUUUAUGAGGCAGAUUUUGAAAUGUUUGACACACUCCCAAGUGACAUUGCAAAUAGUUUUCUUGACAAGACUUGCAUACCAGAGUUGGGUUAUGUUGAGAAUGUACUGUCCUUUACCCAUUUUACCAUCCAAGAAUUUUUUGCGGCUUUUUAUUAUAUUCAUGAAGAGGAACCCUCAGAUGACAUAAUGGAUUUGGAUGUGCAGAAACGGCUUGACAUUACUUCUGGAUAUCUGGAUUUAUUUCUGAGGUUUGUUUCAGGAUUGCUAGCAGUUAGAAACCAAACUUUGCUGCAGAAACAUCUGAACCUCCAAGCAAACAUGAAGUACGAAAUGUAUGCAUCAUGGCUGAUUAGAUCAAUUAUUGAGCACUGCCAAAAAGGGAGAUAUAUCCUGAACUUGCUUCACUGUUUAUUUGAGCAACAGAACAGUGACCUCGCCAGUAGGAUAACACCAUCUGUUCUACGUGUUAAUAUUAGUGAUAACGUUUUCUCUCCCAUCGACUUUGAUGUAUUGGCAUAUUUCUUGGACCUCAUUCAUAUUGAAAUUGAUGAACUUGACUUGACCGCCACUCAUGUGAAUGCACACUAUCUGGAGAAACUGCAGCCUUACCUUUAUCGCUGUAGGCAGUUAUGGCUUGGUGAAAAUAAACUUGAUUUAAAGGCAAUCAGAAUUAUCUGCAAUGUAUUAAUGUCCCCAGACUGUAAGAUGCAACUCUUGGGUCUUGGGUGGACACAGAUAGAAGAUGAAGAAUUUUUAGAACUUUAUAAAUGUCUCCCACACAAUCGCUCUUUGACAGGAUUAUGGCUUGAAGGUAAUAACAUCACCAACAAGGCCAUUGAACAAUUUUCUGACAUAUCUGCUGUCAACUCUAACCUAAAACAUAUUGUGCUGCUAGGAAAUAAUCUCCAGUCAGAGGAUAUUGUCGCUAUAAAAGCAAAAUCUCUGAAAAGCAUCAUCGUUGCCCACAUAGAUGAGAAUUUUGGCCAGGAGUUUUGGGAAGGAUGGUGGGACUGGAUAUUUCAACGGUGCAAAAUGUGCAAUGAUGAGAAAAUUGUCUCUUUCCUGUCAAAAGUGUACAGAGGACUUAGCCUUUGCAAUGGAAAAGAAACAGAGUGGAUGAAACAUUGGUAUACUCAAGUGGAUUCCUUUUUGCAGGAGAGGAUACGUCAUUGUGCAAUUAGGAAUAUUAGCAAGAGAAUGAAUGAUCUCAGACUGAUGUUUCAGGAACAGUUAAUAAAAACGUGA